CAUCAAGAAUUAUAUUCUGCCUCUAUACAUUUAUCAAACAAGCACCCCCUUUUGGUUGCAUUUCAGCAGCCCAUGAUCCAAAUAUUGCAAAUAACUAUGGACAAAGCUUAUUCCCUUUGGCUUGCAGCCUUGGUGGUACUGUUGCAUUUUGCCCCAACUUCGGUUUGUGUCCAAGUUGUUUCCGCAGGCAAUACUCGUGAUCUGGAUGCUCUUCUUGCCUUGAAGGCAACCGUAUUCGAUCCCGAGAGGAUCCUCCCGACCAACUGGUCCAGUUCUGCCUCUGUGUGCAGCUGGAUCGGAAUCACUUGUAAUACUCGCCAUCAGAGAGUAGCAGCCAUAGACCUGCCGAACAUGGGCCUAAUCGGCACCAUACCUCCCCAACUUGGAAAUCUUUCUUUCUUGGUCCGGCUGAAUUUGCCAAAUAAUAGCUUGCACGGAAGACCUCCACCGGAUCUGUCUAAUUUGCGCCGAUUGAGAUACAUUAGCUUGGCAGGCAACAGCUUUAGCGGAAGGCUUCCCUCAUGGUUGGGAGCUUUAUCUGAACUUCAGUACUUAUCUCUGGGAUAUAACAAGUUUUAUGGUUCAUUGUCAGGUGUGUUUUUCAACGCAACAAAGUUGCAGACUAUCCUGUUGCCGAACAACUCAAUAACGGGACAUAUUCCUGACGAGUUCAGCUCUCUUGAGAACUUGAUCGGGCUGAACUUGGAUUUUAACCAGCUUACAGGCUCUCUGCCCAAGUCUUUGUUUAACCUCUCGUCACUGCAGAAACUUGGUGUUUCGAGCAAUAGCUUAUCUGGUUCCCUUCCGAGGGAUAUCUGCAAGAAACAUGUCUCUCAACUCCAAGGGCUUUAUUUAUCAUACAAUCAACUUCAAGGCGAAAUUCCUUCUGGUAUUGGAGAAUGUUCAAGGCUUCAAAACUUGCCCUUAUCCUACAACAAAUUCAAUGGAUCUUUACCCAAAGAAUUUUGGAAUCUAACUGCGCUUGAGAGGAUCCGUCUUGGUAACACCUAUCUUGAAGGUCCAAUUGCAGACGAUAUUCAUAAUCUUCAAAAUUUGAGGAUUCUUCACUUAGCCAAUACUGACAUGACUGCCUUGCUGGUGAUGCAUUUUGCCACAAUUGCUGGCGGUUUCAGAGUUGUUGCCACUAAAAAUAACACUCGUGAUCUGGAUGCUCUUCUUGCUCUGAAGGCAACCAUAUUAGAUCCCCAAAACAUCAUUCCAACCAACUGGUCCAGUUCUACCUCUCUAUGCAACUGGAUUGGAAUCACUUGUAACGCUCGCCAUCAAAGAGUUGCGGCCAUCGUGCUUCCUCACAUGGGGCUACUGGGAACCAUACCCCCAGAAUUGGGAAAUCUUUCAUUCCUCGUCCGGCUGAAUUUUGUGAAUAACAGCUUACAUGGACACCUUCCAACUGAGCUGUCUCAUUUGCGCCGAUUGAAAUACAUCGACCUGGAAAGCAAUGCGUUUGAUGGAGGCUUUCCAUCAUGGUUGGCGACUUUGCCUGAACUUCGGGUCUUGAACUUUUUAUAUAACAACUUUUCGGGUUCGCUAAUGUCAUGUGGGAUUUCUAAUGUAACCAAGCUGGAGACUCUCAACUUGGGCCACAACUCAUUCACUGGAAACAUUCCUGACGAGUUCAGUGGCCUCAAGAACUUGAGUAUUGUAAACAUAGGACAUAACCAACUUACAGGCUCUCUGCCCCCGUCUUUGUUUAACCUUUCUUCACUGGAGAUACUUAGUCUUACAAAUAAUAGCUUAUCUGGUUCCCUUCCGGAACAUAUCUGCAAUCAUCUCCCUCAACUCCAAGGGCUUUUUUUGUCAAUCAACCAAGUUGAAGGUGAAAUUCCUUCCGGUAUCGGGAAAUGUUCAAGGAUUCAACAUUUUUCCUUCGCCACCAACAAAUUCACUGGAUCCAUACCGAGAGAAUUUUGGAAUCUGUCCAUGCUUCAGACAGUCUAUCUUGAAGAAAACUAUCUUAAAGGACAAAUUCCAGAAGAUAUUUACAAUCUUCAGGAUUUUACGGUUCUGGACAUAAGGAACAAUGAAAUGACCGGGACGAUACCUCAGGCAAUUGGUUACCUUAACAAGUUGGAGUAUUUAGCACUGGAUUCAAACAGGUUUACAGGUCCCAUCCCAGCCAAACUAUUUAAUAUUUCAUCAUUGCAAGCAAUAUCGUUGGUAGCAAAUGGUCUCUCAGGCGGUCUUCCAACAACUUUAGGCAUUACGUUACCCAGUCUUGAAUAUCUUUAUGUUGGGGGAAACAGACUAAGUGGAGUACUUGAACUGACAUCUAUCUCAAAUGCUUCAAGUCUCAUUGGUCUAGACGUUAGUUUUAACCAAUUUACUGGUGCAAUUCCUCAUUCUCUUGGUGACUUGAGAUUACUAGAAGUCUUAGAUCUUAAAAGCAACAGUUUCUCUUAUAAGUCUAACUCUGGAGAAAUAAGCCUCUUGAUUUCCCUAUCACAUUGCAGAUAUCUACAGGAGUUGGAAUUAGAUGAGAGUCCAUUAAAUGGCUUCCUUCCAACUUCUAUUGGAAAUCUUUCCAACAAUCUCAGAUUACUUUCUUUGAAUUACUGUGGAAUUUUUGGCCAAAUUCCAAGUUCAAUAGAAAAUUUAACCAACUUGGCAGACCUGAGUUUGGGUGGGAAUGCUUUGGAAGGGAUAAAUCCAGCAAGUAUUAGAAGGUUAUCGGAGCUACAGAAAGUGGAGCUUAGUUAUAAUAGAAUUCAAGGACCCUUUCCAAGUGAGCUGUGUGAUUUGGUUAACUUAGGCAGAUUAAGUUUGAGCAGCAAUAUGGUUUCUGGGAGACUUCCUAGUUGCAUAGGAAACAUUACUUCCCUAAGAUAUCUAUAUCUGGAUUCCAAUAAUUUAACUUCUAAGUUGCCCUCAAACUUGUGGAGCCUAAGCGAUAUCUUGGAGCUGAAUUUGUCCACCAAUACUUUCCAAGGUUCUUUCCCCCCUGAAAUUCAAAGUUUGAAGGCACUGACCAUUAUGGACCUAUCUGUCAAUCACUUUUAUGGUGACAUUCCUUCAACAAUUGGAGCCCUACAGAUGUUAGAAGAACUAUCCUUGAAGCAUAACAGACUACAAGGACCUAUUCCAGAUUCCAUGAAGAACAUGUUGGAAUUACAGUAUUUGGAUCUGUCAUUUAACAAUUUGACUGGUGCAAUUCCAAAGUCACUGGAGCUACUCCAGAAUCUUGUACACUUCAAUGUGUCCUUCAACAAACUAAGAGGACCAGUUCCUCAUGGAGGACCUUUUGCAAACUUUACGGAGCUAUCUUUUCUCUCAAAUGAAGCUUUAUGUGAUGCUCCAUGGGUCCAACCUUGUCAAACUUUUGAACAUAGAUCAAGGAAAAAGACUCUCUUGUUUGUGUUGUCGGCGGUUGGAUCAACAAUGUUUGCCAUGGUCAUGUCAAUUUUGGUGAUAAGAAAGUGGAGAAGAAAAAUUGUGAUUCCAACUAAUUUUGUUGCGGAAGCAACGAUUGAAAGGGUAUCCUUCCAUGAACUUAGACAAGUGACAAAUGGGUUCCAUGAAGAUAUGUUACUUGGCUCGGGAGCCUUUGGUUCGGUUUACAAGGGAGUACGCGAAAAUGGGAUGACUUGGGCAAUAAAGACUUUUGAUUUGCAGCUGGAAGGUGCGUUUAAAAGCUUUGAUACAGAAUGUGAAGUCCUACGUAGUGUUCGUCAUCGAAAUCUGACUAAAGUGAUCAGUGCUUGCUCAAGCCCUGACUUUAAAGCUUUGGUACUUGAAUACAUGCCUAAUGGAAGUCUUGAGAAGUGGCUUUAUUCAGGCAGUCAGAUCUUGAAUAUUAAGCAAAGGUUGGACAUUAUGAUAGAUGUGGCUUGUGGUUUGGAAUAUCUCCACUAUGGUUAUUCAACUCCAGUAGUUCACUGUGACUUGAAGCCUAGCAAUAUUCUUCUUAAUCAAGAUAUGGUUGGCCAUGUUUGUGAUUUUGGAAUCACGAAAUUACUGGGAGAUGGAGAAAAUGUGAUACAAACAAAGACCCUCGCUACAUUUGGAUAUAUUGCCCCAGAGUAUGGACUAGAAGGAUUGGUUUCAACGAGUUGUGAUGUUUAUAGCUUUGGGAUUACAUUGAUGGAGACAUUUACAAAGAGAAGGCCUAAAGAUGAGAUGUUCACCGAAGAGUUAAGCCUAAGGCGUUGGAUAGAAGAAUCCGUACCAGAUUUUGCGAUUAAGGUUAUGGAUGCGGACUUACUUCAUCUUGAAGAUGAACUAGUCAAGAGUAAGUUAGCUUGCAUAUCAUCUAUCUUGCAACUUGGUUUAUAUUGUACAACAUAUUCUCCUGAGGACAGAAUGAACAUGAAAGAUGUUUUAAGAGCACUCCAGAAGAUCAAACUUCAAUUCUUUGAAGAGCCAAAACCUUUAAAGCAGACUCCUAAGGUGUAAUUCUGGUGAAUCCAUUUCCUUGACUCGCUGCACCAACCAAAUGCUGAAGGUUCAAGACAGGAGUGAGACGUGUGUUUUGUCAAAAGGGAUGUUAUUUUUCGUCAUUGCUUGUGGUUUGGACUUUGAAAAUGAACUUUAUGAAUUUAUGUACCUUGCAUUGUUCUUCCUUUACAGAGAAGAGAGAAGCAAUGGCUUUUCUUUUAAAAAAGUAACAAGAAAUGAAAAAAAAAGGGUUAAAG